AUCACUUGAAGGAAAACCUGCAAGUUGCGCUUUCAACAUGUUCUACAAAUUAUUCACCCUCUUUGCUCUGUUGGUGGCCGUGGCUUUCGCCAGCCCCAACCCCAAGCCUGAGCCAGUGCUGACCUACGCCGCCGCCCCUGCCUACGGAUAUUCCGCGUAUUCAGCAUACGCCCCAGUUGCGUACCCCUCUCCAUACGCCGCCUACCCUUACGCUUACUCUUCUUAUUACGUCCGUUGAAAACCUUCCCCGCCCUGACAACUGAAUCUGAAACUGCUAAAUAAUUUGAAUAAAAUUUUACAUUGCAUAUA